AUGCGGCAGGAGGGACGCAGAGCCGGAGAGCCGAGAACACUCACCGGAAGGCGGACGCAACAGCGAGGGGUUCCGCCACUCUUUUUAGGCACCCGCAACCUCUUCCCCUGCCCUGCCCGCGCCCCUCGGCCUCCAGCGCCUGCCUCCCCCUACCCGAUCUCAGAGCACGGCCACUCGCCCCUGGUCCGGCCUGCGGAACGUUAG